AUCUUUUUCAACGAUCUUCGUGGAUAAAGACACGUUUGUCUACCCUGGUCUACUCUACUUAGUUUCUAUGGCAACGGCGAUUCAUAACAUUAUAUGCAAGUUCGUCGCUUCGAAUUAGCUAACAAUUUUGUGUAAAGUUGAUUCAAAGAGACAUCAAGAGAAAGAUGGAUUAUUUACAAAUCAAAGACGGACAAUACACCAAAACAAUUUAUACUAUGAUUAAAGAAGCGAGGUUUGAAGACGCAAUCAGGGCGCUGACGGAUGCUAUGAAUUUUAAUCCAAACCGAGCUGGUUUAUCUUUACUGGGAUACUGCUAUUAUAGAACCCAAGCGUUCGUUGAAGCUGCGAACUGUUACGAACAACUCUCUGCUAUGCACCCUGAUGUGCCAGAGUACAAAUUAUACUUUGCACAAUCCCUAUACGAAGCAUCCAUGUUUGAAGAGUCAUACAAAGUAACCAUGCAGAUCACUGCUUCCGAACUAGAGAGGAAAGUAGUCAAAUUGCAAUCCGCAAUCAAAUAUGGCGAAGAAGACACUAUAACUGCCAAGAGCUUGGUCGACGAAUACGCUCUUGAUGACAUGGACAAAGAUAUAAACCUUGGAUGUCUAUUAUACAAGGAUAACCAGUAUGAAGAAGCGCUUCAGAAGUUUUCAAGAAGCCUCAACGUGAUCGGCUUUAAUGCUCAUCUCCAUUAUAACGUAGCUUUAUGUUACUUCAGACUUAAGGAAUACCCUCAGGCUUUAAAACAUAUAACGAUGGUCAUUGAAAGAGGCAUCCGAGAUCAUCCAGAGCUGGGUGUGGGAAUGCAAGCUGAUACUUCUGAAGUCAAAUCUGUUGGCAAUACUCUAACACUCCACGAAACAGCAUUAACAGAAGUAUUUAAUUUAAAGGCUGCUAUUGAAUAUCAACUGAAGAAUAUUGAAGCUGCGAGAGAGGCUUUAAAUGAUAUGCCACCAAGACAUGAGCAUGAACUAGAUGCUGUUACUUUGCAUAAUUUAGCUCUGACUUCAAUUGACAUAAAACCAACAGAUGGUUUCGAAAAACUGCAUUUCCUCCUCCAGCAAGACCCGUUUCCUCCAGAAACUUUUGCUAACCUGUUAUUAUUGUACUGUAAGUUCGAGUACUUUGAUCUAGCUGCUGACGUUUUAGCUGAAAACGCACAGUUUACCUAUAAAUAUCUGACACCGUAUCUAUACGAUUUCUUGGAUGCAAUAAUCACAAGUCAAACUUCGCCAGAAGAGGCGUUCCAAAAGUAUGAGGAUAUUGCCUCAAAACAUGCAGAGCAGUUGAGAAAACUUACGAAAGUUGUACAAGAGAGUCGAUCGCAAGGAGACAACGAUCAGGUAAAGAAAGCGGUCGUUGAAUAUGAAGAAGCUUUAGAAAGAUACAUACCCGUUGUGAUGGCACAGGCGAAAAUCUAUUGGGACAUGGAGAAUUACGGACAGGUUGAAAAGAUUUUCCGUAAAUCUGUUGAAUUCUGCAACGAAUCAGAUGUGUGGCGCCUCAAUGUAGCUCACGUUCUCUUUAUGCAAGAGAACAAAUACAAAGAAGCAGCUAGUUUCUACGAGCCCAUUGUAAAGAAACAAUACGAUAAUAUACUAGAUGUCAGCGCAGUUGUGCUUGCUAAUUUGUGCGUGUCCUACAUUAUGACUUCUCAAAACGAAGAAGCUGAAGAUAUAAUGAGGAAAAUCGAAAAGGAGGAGGAGCAACAAAUAUUUGAAGACCCACAGAAGAAGUUUUAUCACCUAUGUAUUGUAAAUUUGGUCAUUGGCACUUUAUAUUGUGCUAAAGGAAACUAUGAAUUUGGUAUCUCUAGAGUUAUUAAGUCUCUCGAGCCUUUUAAUAAGCGGCUCGGCACAGACACUUGGUUUUAUGCUAAACGUUGUUUUCUAUCUUUCCUUGAAAACCUAGCUAAACAUUUGAUUGUUGUCAAGGAUAAUACUAUUAAAGAUUGCAUGUUAUUCUUGGAAGGGUGUGAGACUUACGGACGUCGAGUGAGCACCGUUAUCGAAAAUCCAUUCCAAGAAGAAGACGCUAAUACUAAAGCCAAACAAACCGUUACGUAUGAAGCACGUCUUCUCCGCUACAUGUUUUAUAAGCUAAGAAAUAUCGACGACUCUGUAACUAUUAAUAAGUAUGAAGAUUUGAAAUAAAAUUACCUGGUGGUAUUAGC